CUGACAUCCGCGGCGUAAGUCUCCGAUGCUUACCUUUGAUGAUUCAAAGAGUCUGAGUCACGCUUAACGAAGCAGACCUCAUUGCGGGAAGCACGUGAGCAAAUCAAGCUUCCCAAACAUUUCCUGCGUCGGUUCUUUUUGCGCUAGUCGAGCCUUGGGAAGCUUCAUUGUGAAGCAAAGGUGCAAAUGAAGACCCCGUUCUGUAUGAAAAGGUUGCGCCUCUAUAGAUACGUGUCGCGGCCGUCGCACAUGCGCUCAUCUUGCCGAAUUGCGUCGAAUUGCGUCGAGCACGGGGCGCUUUUGACCCCGCAGACAGCUGAGCAGAGCAGAUGAUGUUCGAGGCUUAAGGGCAGCAGCUUUCCAACACGAACAUCCAUCCUCCUUGCGCAAGUCUCUUGGGAAGAGACGCGUAGUCCUCGGAUCCAUCAACUGAUAGGCGUUCUAUUCUGGUCUUUGCAUGUACCUGCGUAGGUUGCCGACCCAGCCGAUCGGAGCAGAUCCAUCCCGCAGCGCUCGACCAAAUAGCGCAAUCUGAAUGCAGUCAGUCGUGAGUCAUCGUGAUUCACAUUGUCUGUCUAGAUCAGACGUGUGCAGCGAAGCCCAGCAGCGAGCAUUUCUGACGCAGGCUUACGCUGGCUGGCGCAAGGGCCGUCUUGCCACGCAGGGAGAGGGCGGCCCGUGCAUUCGCAUCAGAAGCCCGGUUCCCUUGCAACGACUUGUUAGCUUGAUAUGAGAGUCACAAGUACACCAAGCGCAAGACGGUACACACGCUUCGUCCGCAGCGCUCAGAUAUGAGGUCAUUACCGCACGGCGGUCGAGCCUCUUCCCUCAAUCGGGCGCCUCGAUCGCGAUGGGAUCCUGCGGCAUCGGAGGGCUUUUGGUCUUUGGACACGCACGCGCCUCCAGUGUCUCGGCGAACUGUCUAGAGGUCCACGCCUACACGCUUGUGGGAUGUCUGAACCAUUUCUCAGCGUACUGAUAAAAUGACGAGACUAUAUUGGGAGAAGCUUCAUUCCAGGCCUGAUCGAGGGGACAUGGAAGAAGCAAAGAACCGGGAGCCAGCUCGCAGCGCGAUCAGAUCUCUUCUGCACCCCGAGUACAUCUAUGUGCGGUCGUUGCCGUCAGGCUCAGGCUGGAGUCUCGCCGAGCAUCAUCCAUCGACUGCACCUCGUCUGAAGAAGACCGCGUGUGCAGCCGCUUCACAGUCCAAAAUGAGGUCUUCAUCGCAUUACGUCGCCGUGUAAGAGACGUUCAUAAGAUUCCAGCACCUACCCCUAAUCGCUUUGGUCGAAGCGCUGAUGGCAUCACCUUUCGGCUCCUUGGGUCUCUACACGGGUCUGUACACUGCCAAUUACGUGCCAAUAGCUAAGACUAUAAGACUGCUGGACGGUUUUACCGUAUAGAUGGCGCCUUCU